AUGGAUGGCAUCAUUUCAAACGGCUCCCCGGGUGCGUCUGUUACCCGACCCCUUCCUGAGCCAUUAGAAAAACCUCCUACACCACCUCCCCCUCCCCCAGAAGAUUCCGCCGCCCCUCCUCCGCCCCCAGACACUUCCGUGCCGCCACCACCGCCGGAAGAUGCUCCCCCAGCUCCGCCGCCUGAGAAGAAGAAGAAGGUAGGGUGGGGCGCGAAACGCCCAGCAGCGACGCCGUUGAGCGUUGAGGAACUUGUACGGAAGAAGAGGGAGGCAGAUGCGGCAGCAGCCAAGCCGAAAUUCUUGUCCAAAGCUGAGCGCGAGCGGAUUGCUCUAGAGAAGCGCGCCAAGGAGGUGGAAGCAGGGCGACGAUUCAAAUCGGAACCAUCCACCAACGGUACAGACCGAAGCGGGACGCAAUCACCGUCAGUUUACUCCGAGACUCCCAACGGCGAUGAAAGAUCGAUACCCACCGGUCCCCGAGCGAUGCGAAACUCAGAAGUCCCGACUGGUCCCGCCGCGAUGCGCAACAAGAAUUACGACAUGUCGCCGCCGCCUCCGCCGAAACCUAUGUCGUUCAGUCUAACGGAUGGGAAAGGAGACAGCAAGCGCCAGGCGGAGGAGGACGAGGCGGCGGCCCAAGCUGCCUUGAUCAAGCAGAAGUACAUGGGAACGGAGAAGACGUCGAGUUUCUCAGCGAAGAAGAAGCGCAAGAGGACGACUGAUCGGAAGUUCAAUUUCGAGUGGAACGCGGAGGAAGAUACGAGCGGGGAUUAUAACCCGUUGUAUCAGCAGCGGCAUGAGGCCAACUUCUACGGGCGUGGCCGGUUGGCUGGCUUCGGAGACGAUGUGGCCGAUACAUUAGCGCAGAAGUAUGCCAGGGCUCUGGAAGACCGCGAUCGGGAAGCUGGAAGCAUCCGAGCCCGAGAGAUAUUGGAGAUGGAGCGGAGACGAAGGGAGGAGAGUACGCGGAACCAGCUCGACAAGCACUGGAGCGAGAAGAAGUUGGAGCACAUGCGCGAGAGGGACUGGCGUAUCUUCAAAGAAGAUUUCAACAUCAGUACCAAGGGCGGCAGUGUGCCGAAUCCCAUGCGGUCAUGGGAGGAAUCUGGCCUUCCCAAGCGGCUCCUGGAGCUUGUGGACCAGGUUGGCUACAAGGAGCCCACACCGAUUCAGAGAGCUGCCAUCCCUAUCGCUCUGCAAUCACGAGACCUUAUUGGUGUUGCCGUUACAGGUUCGGGUAAAACCGCGUCAUUCUUGCUUCCGCUGCUGGUAUACAUCUCGGAGCUGCCCCGGAUUGACGAAUUCGAAUGGAGGAAGAACGACGGUCCGUACGCCAUCGUCCUAGCUCCUACCCGAGAACUAGCACAGCAAAUCGAGAUCGAAGCCAGGAAGUUCACACAACCGCUCGGGUUCAACGUGGUCAGUAUCGUCGGUGGUCACUCCUUCGAAGAACAAGCAUACAGUCUCCGAAACGGCGCGGAGAUCAUCAUCGCCACGCCCGGCCGUCUAGUCGACUGUAUCGAGCGCCGUCUCCUCGUGCUCAGCCAGUGCUGCUACGUCAUCAUGGACGAAGCCGACCGGAUGAUCGAUCUCGGCUUCGAAGAGCCCGUCAACAAAAUCCUCGACGCCCUCCCCGUCACCAACGAGAAGCCCGACACGGAAGAAGCUGAGAACUCCGCCGCCAUGAGAAGCCACCGCUACCGCCAGACAAUGAUGUACACAGCCACCAUGCCCUCGGCCGUCGAGCGCAUCGCCCGCAAAUACCUCCGCCGGCCCGCCAUCGUGACGAUCGGCAGCGCCGGCGAAGCGGUCGACACCGUCGAGCAGCGCGUUGAGAUGAUCGCCGGCGAAGACAAGCGCAAGAAGCGGCUCGCCGACAUCCUCUCCUCGGGCGAGUUCCGGCCCCCAAUCAUCGUCUUCGUCAACAUCAAGCGCAACUGCGACGCCAUCGCCCGUGAGAUCAAACAAAUGGGCUUCUCCUCCGUUACCCUGCACGGAAGCAAGACCCAGGAACAGCGUGAAGCCGCGCUUGCCUCCGUGCGCAACGGCUCGACGGACGUCCUUGUCGCCACCGAUCUCGCAGGUCGUGGUAUCGACGUCCCCGACGUCAGUCUCGUCGUCAACUUCAACAUGGCCAACUCCAUCGAGAGCUACACGCAUCGUAUCGGUCGUACCGGUCGUGCCGGUAAGAGCGGUGUGGCUAUCACUUUCCUCGGCAACGAGGAUGCCGACGUCAUGUACGACCUCAAGCAGAUGCUCAUGAAGUCGCCCAUUUCCCGCGUCCCCGAAGAACUGCGCAAGCACGAAGCCGCCCAGUCCAAGCCUAACCGGGGAUUUGCGAAAAAGAGCGACGAUAGUUCAGGAUUUGGGAAUAAAAGUGGGUGGCAGUAG